CAAAUGGAUGGGUCUGCCAAAAAAACGUCGAAUCCUGGUAGCGAUUCUCAGAACGUUAAAUCUGGAAUUCUUCGACCUAAUUAUUCUUUAAAAUACACUCUUACAGGGCACUCAAAAAGUGUCUCUACUUUGAAGUUCAGUCCCAAUGGAGAAAUUUUGGCAACUGCAUCGGCAGAUCGUGUGAUUAAACUUUGGGGAGCCUUUGAUGGCAAGUUUGAGAAAACUAUGUCCGGCCACGAACGUGGAAUAUCGGAUGUUUGUUGGGAUCCUGAUUCUCGACAAAUUUGCUCGGCUUCCGAUGACCGAAGCUUAAAGCUGUGGGAUGUUGCGGCGGGAAAAUGUCUAUCGACUUAUAAGGGCCAUACUAGUUAUGUUUUUUGCUGCCAAUUUCAUCCUCAGAAUUCAGUUUUUGUUUCUGGUUCGUUUGACGAAAAUGUUCGCAUCUGGGAUGUCAAGUCUGGCAGUUGUAUUAAAAUGUUGACUGCCCACGGAGAACCAGUAUCGGCAGUAGAUUUCAACAGAGAUGGUAAUUUAUUGGUUACUUCUUCAUAUGAUGGUUUAUGCCGACUUUGGGAAACAAAUACUUGGCAAUGCAUUAAAACUAUAGCAAACCCAGAUAAUCCUCCGGUAUCGUUCGUCAAAUUUUCACCCAAUGGAAAAUAUGUUCUUUCCUCUACGCUUGACAGUCAUAUUAAACUAUGGGAUUUUAACAAAGGCAAAUGUCUUAAAAGCUAUAUUGGUCAUUUGAAUGAGCAGUAUUGUAUUGCCGCUAACUUUUCGGUGACAGCCAAUAAGUGGAUUGUUUCGGGCUCCGAAGACAAAAUGGUAUAUAUUUGGGAUCUACAAUCCAGAGAAGUUGUGCAAAAGCUGUCGGGUCAUUCUGAUGUUGUGAUUACAACCGCUUGCCAUCCGACUCAGAACAUUUUGGCUUCAGGAGCACUUGAAAAUGAUAAGAGUGUUAAAAUGUGGAGAGAUUUAUAACGUUCAUUUGAGAUAGAAAAAGGUUUUGUUUUAUAGCUUUGUAUUUGUUUGGUUUAUAAUUCACGUAGAAUCAGUAGG